UAAGCGGUUGUAAGACGUAAACACAAUCUGCUGCUUGGCUCUUGUCGUACGGUUUGGUUUUUCUUUCUUUAUUUCUUAUGUUUUGGUUAGUUCGUUGAACAAUAAGCUUAAUUUUGAGGAAUGUAAUUUUCAAGCCUCGUAAAGUAAAUUGUACACGUCUCCUCGCGUUUUAUAAGCUAUUGGGUUUAUUUUUAAGACAAAUCAGCAACAAGAGUUGCCAUAUGAAAGAAUUCUAUAAUGCCAUCAAGUUAUUUAGUAGGUUGUUGACGUAAAAUACUUGCUUAACUCAAAACAGCAUUUCACUAAUUUUUUAUGACCUCAUCAUAUCAUUUGUCUACGCACUAUACGUUAUAUACCAAUAACAAAAUAAUUAUAAUAUAUAAUAAAAUAAUUAGUCACGCCGCAGGGCCAUUUAAAAUGAACUAAUAAAGGUAAAAAGGUCGAGAAACUAAGAGAAACGUAUAUUUUCUCAUGUAUGCUUUAAUAUACUUGUUAACCUAAAUUCUUGAUGUUGGUUUAAAUCAAAGAUGUUAUGCUACUACAAUAUUGAUCAAUCAUUACAUAAAAUCAUAAUAUUGUACUAUUACACAUGUGAUCUAAUAAUUUGUUAUUACAAAGCAACUGACCUGUAUCGAAAACCCUCUGUGAAUUUCUCUGAAUGAAACCACAGUAUGUCUCGCAUUUGUAAGAAGAAACCUGCUGUGUGCACAGAUGAACCACUUUCCCACAGUAACAUCUGCCAAAAGAUAGCUCUCUUGAGAAAUAUCUUCAGUACCGCCUAUGGACCUACUGGCAGACUGAAACAAAUACACAACAAUGUUGGGGGCCACGUCUUGACCACUUCAACCUCUACAGCGCUUCUCAGGCGAGUAGAUAUGUCUGAGCCGCUUCUCAAACUAAUCUCAACUUCUGUUCAACAUCACACCACACGUUACAGUGACUGUGGGCUGUUUAUGGGGAUUUUCAUGCUGAGACUUAUUGAAAAUACUCAAAAAUAUAACCUAAGAACAGUUGCUGCAGCCAAGUCAUACAAACAUCUUGUGGAAGAAUGCAACCUGUAUCUUAAAGGAGACUCUUGUGGUUGUAAGGUCUCAGUAGACUUCAGCAGCUGUGACUCACUUGUUGCCCUGGCCCGGAGCAUGAUCACCAGCAAACCAGCCUGCAUGUUGGAUAGCAGGGAGACGCAGCAUAUCAGUUCACUGAUCGCACAGGCCUUUCUGUAUUCAAUCCCUUGCGACUCCCCUGAUGUGGCCUGCUUUGGAAGGACAGUUACCAUCGGCAUUGAGGGCCAAUCGGUAAGCGAUUCUUCUGUUUUCCCUGGACUGCUGGUGGAUAUCCCUGAGAUGCUUCAACCUGCCGAUCUUAAGAGACUGGGAUCUGGUCCAUUUAAAGUGGUGGUUUUCAGUGCAUCACUGUCAGGUGAUAUGUCUGAGGUUGGAGAUGUAACAUUGGAGAUCCAUAGGGGAGUGGACCUAGAGCUUGAUCUCCUUCAGCAGCUCCUCAAGCUUGGGGAACAAGUUGUUAAGGACAAAGUGAGGUUAUUUGCUUGUCAGAAAGUAGUACAUCCAGUCCUUCAGCACUACUUGAGGGAACAUGGAGUGGUGGUGAUAGAGAGGCUUGGACUUGUCCUGAUGGAGCCAUUUAUCCAGAUAUCAGGUGCUCAGGCUGUUGCUUCUCCUUGCUCUCCAGUCCCGGCUGAAGCUUACGGGCUGGUUGGAGGAUUCUGUUUCCAGUCAUGUGGAUCCAGAGAGCUGCUCCAUCUUCUUCCUUCUAAAGAUGCUGCAAUUAGCACCUUGGUACUUUGCCACAGAAAUGAAACUAUGCUUGAAGAACUGAAGAUGACAUGCCAGAGAGCAGAACAUGUGUUGCGACUGACUCUGAGGGAGCCCUACGCCCUGCUUGGAGGAGGCUGCACAGAGACACUGCUGGCCACCCACAUCACACACAUGAAUCAGUCCACAGCCACAACAACAGCUGCAGCUCUGGGAGUCUCUCACUCUGAGUUUCUCAUGGCAGUCAAGGUAUUCUGCAGCUCUCUGCACGCUGUGGCUCUUUCCUUAGAGCAUGACGGGCAGGACUGUCUCAUUGACCUGACAUAUGCUCACCGAUGGGUCCCAGAUAUCUACCCCCAAAUCAGUGCUAGGCAAACUUGUGGCUGUGGUCUGGUGGAAGACAGAUCCGACUUGGAGAAGACCCCACUAAAUACAACGUGCCACACUUUCUCUCCUGUUCUCCUGGAAAACACUGACGAUCAGCCCAGAAUAUUAGACUCGUUUUCUGCCAAGCUCAAUGCUUUGAAUGUGGCGGUCGAGAUGGCUAAUUUUGUUCUUGAUGUAAAAUAUAUAAUAAAGGAUAUCAAUUGAA